AUGACAAUUUCGCUGCUGCUCGGGGCCUUGACUAGAUCCACUUCCGUCGCCAGCGUCCUUCCAAAUUUCCCGCCACAACGGGCCCCAUUCGCCUCUUUUAUCAGUACCAUCCCUUCCCUGCUAGGAGCUUCGAGGAAAAUGUCAGCGGCGGCGCCGCAGGUGGCGUUUCAGUUGAGGACGAAUCCACUUACCGGCGACUCGGAGUGGAUUGUCAUCGAAGCAGCAGACGAGCACGACGAGAAUGGGAUAUUCGGUCCAGGGAAGUCUCUCUUGGCGACCACAUCCUACUUGGACAUGCUGAACGAUUCCCGCAGGAACACAGCUUUUCACCGGGCUAUCCAGAAGACGAUCACGCGGCCAUGCCACGUCCUUGACAUAGGGUGCGCUUAUUCUCCGCACCCCAGUCUCAUCCAUGACGAACUAGCUUUCGUCUUCUUCUUCUUCGAUGCCACUGGAAGCUGCAUUAUGAGUCGUUCUUCUUCAUUCCUUCGUUUUCUGAUGUCUAGCGCGGGAACAGGGUUGCUGUCAAUGAUGGCAGCUAAGGCAAUGGAAGAGUGCAAUGGUGGCCAAGGUAGCAAUGAGGGGAUGGUCUCGGCUUGCGAGUCCUACCUCCCCAUGGGCAAAUUGAUGCGGAGGGUGUUGCAGGCGAAUCUCAUGAAGACAAAGAUAACUGUUCACCACAAGCGCUCUGACGAACUUCGAAUCGGCAUGGACCUUCCUUGCCGUGCAGAUGUCAUGGUAAUUUAGCUUGCUACCUCAUAAAGAAAUCCUCUAUAAGAUUCUUUGAAGUAUCUCAUCGAUAGCUGAUUCUCUCUAUUUUUCCGUUAUUAUCUGAAGUUCAUUCAGAGAUAACUUUUCCUCCGUCAGUUGCACCUGAUUCAUUGCCAAACGACCGUUAUGCUUUAAUUCAGAGUCUUUUAAGAAUAGAGUUCCUCUCCCUCUCCAAAUCACCCAGUCCCAUCGUCGAAUUUCGUCUAUAAACCAUUAUUCCUCUCUCUCUCUCUCUCUCUCCCUUCCUCCCGUAGAACUGUUUUUUAUCACUUCCCCUUGGAUCCGUUCAAGCUCGAGUACCAUUUCAGGUGAGUGAGGUGCUUGAUUCAGAAUUACUGGGUGAAGGAUUAAUACCUACAUUACAACAUGCACAUGACAUGCUGUUGGUAGAACAUCCGAAGACAGUGCCAUAUCGAGCCACAACCUAUGGACAGGUAUUCUUUAGUAUUUUGUUUUGUAUGGGCAACAGCAAGCCUGAAACGUUCUUUUUUUGAAGUUUACGGUACCAUCUAUUAACGAGCUCUCAUUUCAUAAUGAAUGCAAAGACAAGCUUUUUAUAUCCUAUUUAAGGACGGUUUUCUCCGUCAUUAUGAAUGAAGACUUCAGUGCCAGAGAAAUUUUCUUAAAGGGAUGAGAAAUUUGGUUGAUGCAUAAUAUUUUGUUGUUGAUAAUAUGCUUUCAAUAUUUCAAACUACAAACUACAGUGAAGACGAACUCUGAUAUCUGUAAGAUCUGCUUGCUCAUAAUUUGCAUCCCAUGUCCCAGCUCGUUGAUAGCACAUUCUUGCAGAAGCUUCAUGAUUUACACAGCAGUGAAACCAGUGCAUCAGAUGGUGUGCACCUUGCACCUCGUGGGCUGGAAAAUAUUGUUAGUGUGAGACCUAAGCAGUAUGCCAUGCACUGUGAUGCAAUAUCCAAAGAGAUAAUACUGGUAUGAUAGCAGAGCUUUUAAAGUGCUUGAAGAAAACCGAUUAUUUGCCUGUCUAAAAUGUUUUCUUCAGUUGUCAGAACCCUUCAAAAUUUUUGCAUUCGACUUUUGGCGAAGACCAGAGAGCCAUAGAGAAAUUAAUCUUUGUGUAAAGGCUACUGAUGCUGGCAUCGUUCAUGCCGUGAUUUCGUGGUAAGAUGUGUUGGUGCCAUUCUAAAGACUACUGAAGCCACGUGACAAUUUGAACACUGUUUUCGUAGCUAUUCCUUAAUUUUUUGGCAUGUUUUUUUUCAGGUGGGUGCUUCAACUUGAUGACGAGGGAACUAUUUUUUACUCAACAGCACCAAAUUGGGUGAACUCCUCCAACAUUUCAAAAGAAGAGAAACCGAUCACUGGUGAAAUUAAGACGCUCAUUCUUAAUAUAAAGUAGACAGUGUGUUUUUCCAUGAUAUGCUUGGAAAUCUGGGUUGGGUAAUCAGCAUGUCACUGAGAGAUUUUUAAUGUUUAAACUCUUUUGUACAAGUCAUCAAUUCUUUUCGUAGCUUCAGAAAGGAAUAUUCGACCAGCAUGAAUGGAAUUAUCUGGCCAGUGCCAUGGUCUUAUAUAUUUAAUUUUCUUUUGUUGCUCUUUUUUCAGGAACUAUUUGUUACAGUAUUUAUUUGUCCCAGUUCACACUGGUUUGAGAAUUCAUUUAGCAUAAGAGUGAUGUCCUCAUGUUUCAAUAGAAUAGAAGAGAACCAUACAGUUGACGAUGCCAAUCCGAAUAGCUGUUACAUCUUCUUGUGCGUCUAUCCAUUGUUAGCUGUGCAAAUUAGUUUGAAUGGUACAGUGUACAUUAGAUGAAAAAUUUGUUUUAUUCUUUUUGCAGGUAAUAAAGUUUGGUGUGAUCACUGGAAGCAGUGCAUUUGGUUCGCUCAUGGAACAGGAAUUCCCGUAUCCAAUAAUGAGCUGAUAACUUUUCAAGCGGCACACGAUGAAACUAGCAUUUCAUACAGCUUUGGAAAGGAAAACCAAGCCGCAGAGUUCAGCAAGUGUGAUUUUAGAACAGUUGAUAGACAGCUUAUAUUGUGCCCUGAAAGGAUUGGAAUUUAUGGAGACAAAGAUUGGCGAUCGUCCUUUUUAACAGCUUUACGAAAUGUGGUAAGAUGCUUUAAUGUACUAUUCUUAAAUGCAUAAAAUUCAUUGUUUCAACGUGUUAUUUUGUUUGCUUCAAUUACUAUGAGCUUAAGAUUGUCCUAGCACUUUUUUUAAGGAAAUUUCUCUCCGCAGUAUUGCAUGGCAAUAAUCACAAAGCAUCAGUAACAAUUAAAGAUCUUGCACACCACUCAAGCUAGUUAUGUUUUUAGCUUUAUAAUUAACAUUAGUUGCAUAAUGAACAUAUGCAUGCAGUGGAGUGUACAAAUUAUAUUUUUUCGACAGUAACUUGUAUUCGUGCUUGAUAAAUGUAACAUGGUAAGAACGAAUCAAUUGUUCUUUGGCGAUCAAUGCAAAUAGGAUAGUUUCGAGUAGACUUACAAAUCGCUGUAGCUUUGUUACUUAUGAGAAAGUAAUCAAAACAGGAUAACUGUUGCUUCAGCAUGUACAGGAAUGAUCACCUGAGAUAACAUAAUAGUGUGUCAGAUGCCCUGUCCCAAUCUGUUUGGAUCAAUGGGCGACGAACCGAUCUCUCCUAAGUUUAUGACUGUGAACUGCAAAUCUGUGUAGAAAGCAAAUGAUGUCCGUUGGAAUCCAUUUUUCAUUGCAUGACAUAAAUGGAUCCUGUCUUUGACAAAUCGGGUGCUAACCUAUAUGUCCUUUCUGAGGUAAGUGGUAUGGCUGAAAAAUGAGGGUUUGAGUUGGACAAAUAUUUGAGAUUUUUCAACCCUAUGGUUGCAUAUGGUGUAUGAGUUGCAUGGGCCAUAGGCACUUUGAUAUGAGUCAAAUUGUGUCAGCUUAAACUUCUACUCAAAUCAAACCAACUGCAUAUGACGUGUACCUUGUCAUUCAAAACUUCUAUAACUUGUAACCGAGCCUAUCCAAAGUAAUGCAAGUUUUUACUAGUUAGAUCAAGUUUCAUUAAGCCGUUCUUAGGACCACCUGGGAAUGCGUAUUAAUCUGCUUUAAAUGCAUCCAAUGGAUUCAACUCAAUUACGAUUCCAAGCCAAUCACCAUCCGAACAUUCCAGCCUUCAUCGACCAAAUUCUGGUCCACCUUUUAACGUUCUUGUUGGAAUGAGUCCUGGGUAUGACCUCCGUGUUAAAUUCUAACAAUCCAAUAGCUGUCAGCUGCUUCGCAGAUGGGGUUAGUUGGUGAUUUGGAUCACGCAAUAUGUUCUCACAUUAUCAUAAUUUAUUAACAUCAAUGUAGAGGUGCAGAUGCCACAUGGAAUUUUCUUAAACAUGGGAUUGUACCUGAUAUUAAUUCUUGUACGGGCAUAUCCGAUUGGUUGCUUAGAAUAUCUCAAGGUUUUGCUGCAGAACGUUAGACUUGCUACCCUGCUGUUGGGAUAUGUACAGUUUGUGUGCAUCUUGAGAACAGCUCGAUAAAAGAAAGCGAUCAAUUUGUACAGCUUCCUUGUUGUGUAUUUGCUCUGUAAUUCAUAACAUAGUCUUGUUUGAUGACUUGCAGCUUCAAAACAAAUCUUGCCCUGUGUGUGUGAUUGCCGAUGACAGUAUUUUCUUGACCAUCUCAGCCGCCUGUCUUUCAGAAGAGUCGCACAUUGUCUCAAUGCUACCAGGGCUGAGAGAUCUGGGCUCUUCGUAUUUGAAAGCUAUUUCUGAUUUUCAUGGUAUCCCAGAGGAUCAAAUAAGAGUGAUUGGGAAGAAGGCAGCAUGCUUGACUCUGGAUAAUCUUAGCGGUAAAAAGGUAAAGAUCUCUACCUAUUAUAUCUAUUCCUUCCCAAUCCAUGGCAGUACAUCACAUUUUUUUUCUCUGUGGCAGCUUCCUUAAAUGAGUUUAGGGUCAACUAUCAUGCUAUGAUUGACUGGUCAAACCAAUAUUCCUGUUCCCUGUUCUUAGGGAACGACCAAAGAGAGAAGGGGGGGAGGGAGUUCGAAUGGACUCUCUCUCUCUCUCUCUCUCUCUCUCUAUUAAAAGAGGAGGGACGUGAAGGAAGACAAGACAAGGGAGUUGUGAGAGGUGGUGGGGGGGAAAAAAGAGAGUAGAGUUCCCACUACCAUUUCUGGUCUCUCUCUCUCUCUCUCUCCCUUUCUUUCUUAAGAGAAAAGAGAGCAGAGUGAUGUUGUAAGUCUUGAAGGGAUCCCUCUAUUUGUUUGGUGGGUGAGUCUCGUUAUUUAUCUUGAGCACACCACCUGGAAAACAAAGAAUUGUUCGGCCUGGUGUCGAAGAAAGAGAUCGAGUCAUCUUGCAAGGAUCUCUAUCCAUUUGCUCUUCCAUUUAAAGAAAUACCCCCAUCAGCAAACGAAUAGCGAAAUGUGUUACCCACUAAGUGUGGAUGUGCCCAAAGAAUCAAGACAAAAGUACGGAGAUGACAACAUUGAAUAUAAGUGAAAAAGGAAAACGCGAAGAAGUGACGCACCAGGAUUUUUUUGGUUUGGAGAAAUCCUCCUAUAUCUAUGAAGAGAGCUAGAGAGACCCUUUUGUUUUCACAGCAUUGUCAUGCAUUAUUUUUCUAGUUAUAUCAUUUACAAGAAUAAUUACUGAGAGUUUAGAUUAAGUAGUCAGCUUUCUAGACUUACCUUUGUGACCCAGUCAUCUCGUGAUCCUGCAUGCUCCAUAUGUUCUGGGAUGUCUCGAUCUUGUCAAACACCAGAUAAGCUAUUAUUGUUGAUAUGAUAAUUACAACAUCACAAGUAAGCCAGGUCGAGGAGUUGAGAUGAGACAAUCGUGUUUCAAGUUAAUAGAUUACCAUUCUCAUGUACAAGGACUUCUACAGAUCUUUGUUCCAAAGGAAGAUUUAGUUUCCAGGAUUUUUUGAGUUUGUUCAUAGCACCUGCUGUGAUGAGGAGCAUCUGUUCUCGCGGCUCUCUUUGAGAUGCCAUAGAUGGCAUGCCUCUCUGACCAAAAGAGUCUGCCAUUCUGUCAACACCUUAUUGGUAAGUUAGAAUGAGUAAGGGUGCAACUUUCAUCUAUCAAGCUACUGGUUACCCCCCUUCCCCGUUCCAGUAAAGGAGGGAUAUUAUUAGGUGAAAGAUAUCAAAUGGAUCAAAUCGGUGGAGACGAUGACACCGUUGGAAUUUAGAUAAGGGUUUCCCUUUUAACAUCUGAGCCUACGGUUUAUGCAACCGAGAAAACUAAUGGUCAGAGCUGCUAAAUUACAGUAUGAAAGACAUUUCAUAACCAAGUUUUGAGUCCAUUACUUUCAUUUCUUGACCUGAUCUGAUCUGUCACCGAUUCAUACUUUAUCCUUCUGUUUUUCGCCAGCUGAGAAGAAUGUCAUCUGAUCUUAUCUCCUUUGUCACAUCUCCCUAUUUAACUUGAAAGGCUAUUUUUUUAAGGAAAUAGAUCCCUAAUUACCCGAAAGGUGAGGAACAUCUGAGUAUUGAGUUUAGGUGUUCUUAAAAACUUUGUAGGCCCUGAGCGACUGAGCCUUUCUUUACUCUUUUAGGUUGAUCUCCUGGUGGCAGAGCCGUUUUAUUGCGGAAGUGAAGGGAUGCUUCCUUGGCAAAACAUGAGAUUCUGGUGAGUAAAACAUUUGAUAUCUUUUCAACAUUCUCAAUGACAAUUUCACCAUGUGAAAUUGCAAAGUAAAUUGUCAAUAACUUAUGGACUCUUGCUUUUGAGGCUUACAAUAGAUGUCUUUGUGGUGUGUCAUUAUACAUACGAAAAUUUAAGAUCGUCUUCUCUGAUUUAAUUUUUUAUCUGAAAUGAGGCCCCGUGUUUACUUUCUUAUCUGCCUUCACUGCAAAAAUAUCUACAUCUUUCAACUUCACUCGCUAUAUGAUGUGACCUCGCUUUCUGAUAACCCACUUUUGGUGGUUAGAUAGACUGGGAGCUGUAAUACAUUUUUUUGAGCUUUGUGUCUGAUGUGUAUGAUUUCCUGCCGGGGAUGUGAGCCAGCCACGUUUCUUCAUCUCUUAUAAUAGCUUAUCUGAAAAUGAAAUUUCCUAAUGCCUUCAGUUAUUCAACUCUUAAUAAAUUGCGACGUAUUAUGUAGCUUAAUUUUCCGUAUCUGUCUCAAUAUUUUGGCGAUCCCUUCACUUGAAUGUAAUGCAGGAAGGAGAGGAGUUUGCUCGAUUCUCUUUUAUCAGACAAUGCGCUCAUAAUGCCUUCCAAAGGAAUCUUGAAGGCUUGUGCUAUGUCUCUUCCGGUCAGUCUCUCUAUUGCAUACGUUGAAUACAUCCCUGUUGGUGGUAAAUUUUUUUGUGUAGAAUCAGUUUAAGGUACAUCUUUCGUCCUAAAACACAACAUUCGCCUAUACAAACAUCUAGACCGUCCGUUUUUAUACUUUUUUAAUCAUGCAUAUGCUCGUUGCCUCUUUUUAAAUUUCAAGAUGUUCCUUACAGAACCUAGGAAACAGGGAUGAGUUUUUGAGACAAUCGUUGGUAUGCUCAAGAGAUUACACGAGAUUUGUUACCUGAGACGCAUUUGCUAGAUUUUCAUAUUAUACUGAUUAUGUUAAGGCUGAUGUGCAGGAUUUGUGGAAUAGUCGUCGUUCCCUCAAAAAGGUAGAAGGCUUUGACCACCUAGUUGCUAAUGAUGCUUUAGGAGCAUGUGGUGACCUGGGUCCUGGUGAUGAAAGUCCUUGCCUCCCUUACUUUAUUUGGCAGUGCGGUGAAACCAAGGUAAAAUAAACACUUUUUAGGGUUUUCUGGUGAAGUAUACCGCGUUGAGUGAUUUUAUUUCAACUCAAAUAUUAACCUUUUUUCAUUUGAUCUGUUUAGGAGCUCAGUGUGCCAUCUCCGGUUAUGGAGUUCAAUUUCUUCGAUAGCAUUCAUCCCAGUUCAGGGAAAAUUGAGGUGGAUAUAUCCUUCAUUUUGAAGAGUUCAAUGAAUUCAGACCUUGCCUUUUCUCUGCCACGCAUAGCAUGUUAUAUUUUCAUUUCCCUCUGUUUAAUUGCUCAGAUGGUUAAUAUUAUCUCGAAUCUGCCCAAAAUGUCAUAACGUCUAGAUUUACCUUCAGAAUUCCUUACCCUGGAAUUAGUAUGAUUUUAAAAAGCCUUCAACGUUCUGUUUGCUGAAUCAAUAUUCCAAAUGUAUGUGACUCUUCAACGGUUACUGGAAAAAUGGAUGAGUUUUGUAUGCUGCUUUUCAGUAGCUUAUACCAAACGUUCCGUUUGUGUACAGAAAUGCAUUUGGGAGAAGGGUUCUACCUGAGGACGUCGUUUUGUACUCUCUGAAAAGGUGUUUUGUGGUCCAUCAACUGCAAUUUUUCUGGGCACGAGAUAUAAAAUUUUAUGCACCCAUUGUCCUAUGCUGAACAAAAAUCAUAGAGACCUUGGCGUCUAGAAGACCCAACAGAACUAAUGAAAGUAAAUAAAUAAAUGAAAUAAUAUUGUAAGCAAGAGAACUAUUUAAAUGAGGAAAUGUUGAGACUAAUGAAUUUUCAGGUCCAUGUACAGUAAUAUAGGCUGUAGGUAAGCCAUGAGAAUAUUACUUUUUAUGUAAAAUUUCAUCGAUGCCAUUGCAGAUUAAUUUGUAGUUUCUGAUGGUCGCCGUUUUAUGAUGUAUCUUGGUUCCUUUUGCGCUCUCUCAUCAAAGUUCCAGGCUCUUCACAACUAUCGUCACUGUAUUCACACGGGCAAGAGCUGAAUUUUCGUUAGAUUCUGGUGAUCCAUUUAUAAUGCAUUUUAAUGCUCUUGCUGAUCUGCGAUCUGCGUUCCAUAUUCCUUUUCUGAUUUGUCUUUGAGAUGCAAAUCUCGCCGAUCGUGGCUUGUUUUCGAUUUCAUGGUGCAAAUCUUCUUUCUUUCAGAUAAAAUUCACCAGACAGGGAGUAUGCCACGGCUUUGCUCUUUGGAUUGACUGGGUGUUGGACGAGGGAAACUCCAUUGUCAUAUCCACUGGCCCAGGUUGAUUCCCAUUUAUACCUGUAGCCCGAGGAUUUCCAAGAACCUGUUCUCCGAAUUUCACAACCCUAAUGCCCUUUCUUACACACGGCCUUCAGGCGGCAGGCAUUGGAAGCAAGGCGUGAAGCUCCUGAGCAAGCCAUUUCCAGUCACACCACCUGGACCAUGCGCCAACACCGAUGAGUGCCAUUCGGCCGCUAUAGAGGCAUCCUUUGACCCAUCUAAUGGAGAGCUCAACGUGAGAUGUUCUCUCUCCGACGCGUGA